CUGUCUGUCCAGCCUGCCCCGCUUUCCUGGGCGCUGCUGCUGCUGCUGCUGGAGCUGGAGAAGCCGUGAGCGAGGCGAGGCGCUGGGGGAGUGUCAGGCGCAGCUACCGCGGGAUAGUUUUCUGGUCUUUUUUUUUGCCCUGGAUUUUUUUCUUCUUCAAUUAUUCUCGACAAAUCAAGGCCUCAUUUUCUUCUUCUUCUCCUCCUCUUCCUCCCCCUCCUUCUCCUCUUCCUCCUCUUUUCCACCGCCUCCGCGACUGUGAGCCGGGUUCGCAGCCAGAAAAGCGGCCGAGGACGCAGAGCUUUCCCGGGGAGAGGGGACUAGAGCUAGCCUGCCUGGGUGCUCCUUCUCCUGCUGCUGCCUGAUACUGCUGGAGCGCCUGGAUCUCCUCCUCCUUCUCCUUCUCCCACCACCACCACCACCACUUCCAGCCCCCUCCUCCUCCUCCUCCUCCUCCUCUUUUUCUUUCUCCUCCUCCUCCUCAUUCUCCCUGUCCUCCUCCUUCUUUCCUUCUCCUCCUCCUCCUCCUCUUCCCCCACCUCCCUUUCCACCUCGCCUCUUGCUUUUUUUCGCCUCCAAACAGGGAUUGGGAUAUUUUUUUUCCUCCUAUUUGUUCCCCCACCACCACCAUAUUUCGAAGAUCCGCCGCGGCCAGUCCCGACGAGGCCGGGCUCCUAAAGCGGGGGGGAUGACUUUAGAGUCUAUGAUGGCUUGCUGCCUGAGUGAAGAGGCGAAGGAGUCGAAACGGAUCAACGCCGAGAUCGACAAGCAGCUGCGCCGAGACAAGCGAGACGCCAGGCGGGAGCUGAAGCUGCUGCUUCUCGGUACGGGAGAGAGCGGCAAGAGCACAUUCAUAAAACAGAUGCGUAUCAUCCAUGGCACCGGCUACACAGACGAAGACAAGCGUGGCUUCACCAAGCUGGUCUACCAGAACAUCUUCACCUCUAUGCAGUCCAUGAUCCGUGCCACUGAGACGCUGAAAAUCGGCUACAAGUAUGAGCAGAACAAGGCCAACGCCAUGCUGGUGAAGGAGGUGGAUAUCGAGAAGGUGUCGUCAUUUGACCAGCCCUACACCAGUGCCAUUAAGAUGCUGUGGUCAGAUCCAGGCAUUCAGGAAGCCUACGACCGCCGCAGGGAGUACCAGCUUUCAGACUCCACUAAAUAUUACCUAACUGAUCUUGAGCGUGUCACAGCAUCGGGGUACAUCCCCACUCAGCAGGACGUCCUGCGGGUGCGUGUGCCCACCACGGGUAUCAUAGAGUACCCCUUUGACCUGGAGAAUGUCAUCUUCAGCUAUCUAUCCGAUCUGGAUCGUAUUGCUGAGUCGAACUAUCUACCCACCCAGCAGGAUGUGCUUAGGGUUCGAAUCCCAACCACAGGGAUCAUUGAGUACCCUUUCGACUUGCAGAGCAUCAUUUUCAGAAUGGUGGAUGUCGGGGGCCAGAGGUCUGAACGCAGGAAGUGGAUCCACUGUUUCGAGAAUGUGACGUCCAUUAUGUUUCUGGUGGCACUGAGCGAAUAUGAUCAGGUUUUAGUCGAGUCUGACAAUGAGAAUCGUAUGGAGGAGAGUAAGGCCCUCUUCAGGACAAUAAUCACAUAUCCCUGGUUCCAAAACUCCUCUGUUAUCCUGUUUCUCAACAAGAAGGAUCUCCUAGAAGAGAAGAUUUCCUAUUCCCACCUGGUCGACUACUUCCCAGAGUUUGAUGGCCCUCAGCGGGAUGCCCAGGCUGCAAGGGAGUUUAUCCUCAAGAUGUUUGUGGACCUGAACCCAGACAGCGACAAAAUCAUCUACUCGCACUUCACCUGCGCCACAGACACGGAGAACAUCCGCUUCGUCUUCGCUGCCGUGAAGGACACCAUCCUGCAGCUCAACCUGAAAGAGUACAACCUGGUGUGAGCUGCUGCCGCCACUAGGCGCUACUCACACACUUCAGCACAGAACAGGCACCCACAGAGUGUGCGCACACCUACUAACCUACACACACACACACAACAUGCAUACACACUUUCUACAUGCCACAGAAACACACACACAGCAUACAACAUACAUUCUCAAUUACCCACAAUCCACCCUGUUUUCCAAACUCCUGGUUUCUUUCCCCUUUUUGGUCCAGCUGUGUGAGGAUGUUAUGGACGUUUCCUGCGUUCCUUCUGGCCAUUGCCUGGUUUUGCCAAAGCCUGUCCACUUUCUCUCGUUGGCAGCUCAUGUCAAAGGCCUCCAUCCCUUCCCUCAAGUUUGACCAUGAGGAUUUCUGACCUUUUCAGAUUUGAUCAGAGGGGGUUUAGGGUAACAGGCUGUGACUCGGUUUCUGUUUUGAUCCUUGUUCAUUUUGGAAAAGUACAAAAGAAACAAAAAUGAAGGUUUUUGAAGUGGCAGAAUUGGUCAGGCAGGGAUGGCUGCUGCAGCGACAGCACUGAUGCAGUUCGGCAAGAGCGUUUCAUGGACUUUAUGCCGGCAUGGAAACUGGAAAUGACGUCCCUCGCCCUUUCCUUUCCUCCCCUGUUCCAGUCACAUCUGACAAGCAAACACAUAUUCUUCAUUCUGCCUGGAUUGAUUAAAACAUUGUUUUGGUUUUGACCAUCCUGCAAAAAACAAACAAACAAAAAACAAAAAAAGAAAGAAAAUCACAACAUUAUAUCCACACUUACAUGGACACAAACAAGGACAAGCGCUGUGGUGCCGAAAGUUCAGAACGGAUCCUUUUUAGAUCCUUCUAGAAACAGGAGGAUUCUGCUGGAUUCUUGAGUCUGGGGGAGAUUCCAGCGGAAGGGGGGGUUCCACUGGUGGUAUGGAGAAUUUUCCUUUUUUGUUUUUUUCUCACAAAUGAUGAGAUGAUCUCAUUAAUGAGAUGAGAUAAGGCUAGUCUUCAACUUGCAUUGAUGAAUGUAAACCUAAAUGUGAGAGUAUUGCAAUUGCAAAAAAAAAAAAACAUAAGAAUGAUAAUGCACAUUCAAGCAAAUGAUAUUAAUGAUGAUGAAAUGAAGAUACAAAAGCACGAAAGAACGAGUGGGAAAAAUCUGAUGGAAUGUGUGUGAAUGGAAAAAAUCUAAGAAAAAAAAACAACACUUUUUAAAUAAGUAUCUAUACUUCUACCACCACUAUGGGAUGAAUUAAAACUGCAAUUGAAUUAGUGAUGAGUAAGAAAUCAGAAAUGUUAAGAAUUUAUCAGUGUAUAAAACAGACAUUUGACAGCAGGAUUUUAUUCACAUAGUAGGUAUUGUUUUUUGCAGAUUUCCACACGGGUUUUAUGAUGGUUUCAUCGCUUCCUUCCCCUCCUCACCCCCCUUUUAUGUUCUUUAAGUGUUUUCCAUAGUGACUGCUUCCUCCUUCCUUGCCUUGUCCAGUUUUGCUCAUUAUUUAGCAUCAGUCGUUAGCUUAGCACUGAUGUGAUGGUAACGUGUGGGCUCCUGCUGGCUGGUACCAUACUCCUCCCACAUUUCUGCGACGAGUAUGUUCUUGACUUGACAGAUAACUUCAUCAGUUCAAUUUAGUCCGUUGAAUUCUGGUUGAUUUAUCUGCUACCAACUAGUGGCCCUGACGCACACAAUCAUGUUUGUUUACGCCGUUUUUUGGGUUUGUUUAUUUUUGUUUUUUAAAUUGCAGAGACAUCAUCUUAUUGAUUUAAUAAGAGUUUGUGGAGAAAUAGGUUAAUUUAGCUUUGGGGUUGGGAGGUAGUGUCAAAGUGAAGGGGGGAGGGUUGGGGGGGCGAAAGUUGUUAAAUGCGCUGAAGUUAAUUGAUUGUGUAUAUUUAUAUUUGUAAAUACGUAUACACAUUAUUGCUUAUGUAAAAAACAGUCUGUGGUACACUCUUUGGCAAAAAGGAAAAAAAAUCCACUCUUUGUAAUUGUGUACGGUUUUGGUUGGUUUCUUAUGAAUUACAAUAUUAUUGAUACUGUGAUUUACGUUUUUUUUUUUGUUUUGUUUUUUUUCUUUUCUUCACUAUGGUUGAUUGAUUGAUUAUUCACAUGACAUACAAGUAGCUGUACACGACAGUAAUUUUGUGGACAAGGAAAUAAGUGGUUAUGAGCAAUAGUGUGAGGAAACUUUAAAUCAAAAGAAGCGUCCAAAACGUUUCUCUCUCUCUGGUGUUUGUUCCAGGCAAGUACAGUUUCUCUCAUGGUGUGAAUGCUAACUCUCAAAAUAGAAAGCUAUUAAAACAAAUGAUUUUUAAAAGGAAAAAAAAAUUAACUAAAGUAAAUAAAGGAUGGUUUAUUUAUAUAAUUUAUGGACCAGAUUUUGAAGUCGUUGGGGUCUUUUCUGCUGUAUAAAUCUCUGGAUGGAUGAAACUAUCAGCUUUUCUUGCAUUUUUUUUUUUAUUGACUCCACCCUUUACCACCCAAUUAACCCCACCCAUUACUCACUAUCUUUUUCAUAUUUAUCUACUCAACCCACCAAAAGAGAAAUGUUUUGCCAUCAUGCUUUCACUGUAUAUUCUUGUAUAGUAUCCAGGUUUCUUUCAUUUUUGAGAACUUGUGUCUUGGAUUUUCCGAUUUCCUUGUGAUAUUUAAGUGAAAUGCUUAAAACAUAGGAAAAUGUAUUAUAUGAAAGAAAACUGCAUUUUAUCAAUGAUAGAAGAUAUGCCUGGAAUAAGUGUACCAGACAAGUAGUCACUUGAUUUUUUCCCCCCCAUUUAAAUAUGGCUUGUGUUCACCUUUGUGUAAGUUCUGCGCUGGUAGAAAAACGAAGAAAAGUGUUGAAGUUUUUGAUUUUAUACAGGUUACCUUUUCAUUCUUUCAUCAAGGGCUAAGAAAAUACAUUGAAUCCUCACAGACCAGAGCAGCAAAGAGACUAUGUGCACGAGGGCUUAAAGUAACAGAAUAGUUCAGAAGAGAUUAAAAGAUAAGGUUUACAGUCUUUGAUUAUGAGCUACACCCUAUCAGAUUUCACAUUAUUCAUUGCCCUGGAUUUUGAACCAGUACUGAAAUGUUUAAACUUUUAGAAAGGCCUUCUAGACCUUUUAUUAUAGAGUGUUCCAAAGGGGUAAAGGCACACACUUUCCCCAUUAGGUAUUACUAUUACUUUAUGCACACUAGCUAAAAAGCUACAGGCAUGUCAAGUAUCAAGCGGUUUGGAUAGAUCUCAUAAUGUCGUACUGGCUAUAGAACUUUUUGGAGUAACUAUGUAGACUGGUAGCAGCCAAAGGUUAAGUGUCACUUCGGUUUACUCAAUACUGAAAAGUACGAAUGAAGCUAUCUUUUUUUUUUUUAACAAAUCAUAACCCAUGUCCUUUAAGUCGUUGUAUAUGUAUUUAUCUUAUUUUAGUUUUAUUGACCCUUUUGCUUUGCAUUAAUCAAAUAUUUCAGUGGACGUAAGUCUCAGAAUGAUAACACUAUAUGAAUAUGUAUUUGGGUUGAUGGUGAUCGUUUAAGUUUGCAAGCUGAUGAUUGAUUGUAGAGGAUGUUUGUCCUAGGAGGGAGACACUUAAUGUAAAAUGGUCUGAUUUUGUUGUAAAUGCACUUUCUUUAUCUCUUUUUUGGAUUGAUUAAUCUUUGUUUUUGUCAUGCCAGAGUCAGGAAAAGCUUCUGAUGCCCCUUCGAAGACCAAGCCGGAGUCAAUAGCUACUGCUAGCGUCUUUGACCUGUUGUAUGCACAUGCACAUAUCAGUUUGCCAUUACCGUAGCAGUAGAAAGGUUUCCUUUUAUUUGGUUAUUUUGUUCUGUUUUUUUUUCUUUCUUUUUAUUUGUAUUUGUUUCAAAGGUGUUAGUGCGCCCAGCGUCCCUAAAAGAAUGUCUACCUCUGUGUGAAUAGUGUGACAUUUAGGGCAUUUUCAGUAUCAGCAGUGGUGUUAGAAGCACAUGCAGUACCCUCAAAGUGGUACAAGUGUAUUUGGAGGUUGACCACGUAGCGAUCAAGUGUAACAGGGUGGUUUCUCCUCCUUUUUGGAUUGGUUUGGUUUUCUCUCAUGGUUUUUAAUGAGCCAGUUGAAUUUCCCUUUUUAAUUAAAAUAGAUUGGAUUCUCUUUCUACAUUAGACACUGCUCUAUUACUGUACCACAUCAGUACUUUGGUGUUCAGUUUCUGCAUUUUGUAUUUCUUCAUAGAUCAAAGUGACCACUCCAUGCUUUACAGGGUUAGCGUUCAUGCAUUCGAAGUUCAUAUCAGAAGGCUGGACAAACGUUAUUGGACAUUGAGGUUUUCACAACAAUAGUUUGUUUGUAAAACAGGAUUAUUUUCGUAUUGGUUUGGUUUAUUUGAAUACAGGAAAAAAUCUAAGUGCACCAAAAUGUGUCAAAACAAACCCCACAAGUUACUGGUCAGAAUCUCUCUGGGAAGGAGCACAAAAGUAAAUACAGAAAGAAGGUCCUGUGUUCUGGACUGUGUUUCUUGCAGUUUAACAUGGAACAAUGACAAUUUACAGCUAAAAUAAUUAUACCUGCAGAAUGUCAAUUAGUGGUUUAUUUAAAGGAUUUUAGAAUAAACCUGUUAGUUGGUUUGGUCAAAUUUUUACCACAACUGAAUCAUUUAAGAAAUAUUUUUGUAUCAGACGGAGACCUCUUCCAAGGGUCUCUGUGCAAUUGUUUUGGAUUUUGAAAUGACUGGAUUCACCUGCCCAAACCAAUUGCAUCAAUAUUUUCCAGAUUUAUGAAUAUUUUAAAGGAUUAAAAAGUGCAGGUGUAAAUAUACCCUCAAGAAAUGUCAUUCCUAUUUGUCACUAUCAAGACCCAAAGUUCUUGAUUAGGUUGGAAGUAACGUUACGAAGGUUCUCCAAAGCUUGUCCAACCUAACACAUUUGUAGCAUGUGUCCCAGAAAAAUUGCAACAAGGGUUACCUAGAUUUACAAACUGAUUUAAUAGGAGUAAAAAGUGCAGGGCUCAUUCAUGUUGUCAAGAUCAAGAGCUACAAUUUUUAUUAGAUUGGCCAUGAUUCACCUAGGUUCUGCAAAGCUUGUCCGGCCUAACACAUUUGUGGAAAGAGCAUGUGUAGACCAAUUUGGAUGUUGAUGGAUUGACUGUUUUACGGGAACCACACAUGUAUGGCAUUCACAUGGCAGACAAGAUCAGAUCUGAGAUCUGAAAUGUUGUCUGUAUUACUUAUUUUCUUUGAAUUAGCAGCUUUCUAGGAACAAGAGGGACUGGUUUACAUUUCAGAUUUUGUUCCACAGUUUUCCUAUUUGGAACAGAAGAUUCAUUCAGAAAGCCAAACAGAUAUGACUUUAGACUUGUCUUUAGGAGAUUUCUGGUACCUGUAGUUUCAGUAUGAUUGACAUGCUGCAAAAUAUUGGUUUAGCACAUUUGCAGGAAGCUAGAGGUAGUUUUAGCUUUUUAUCAUUUGGUUCAAAUGAUUGCCAGUGUGAACACUUGGCACUGAUAACACUGCUUACAGGUUCUCUUCAAUGAGUAUAAGGUUAAGAACGUCCGGAACAUUUCCUUUGAGCAGGUAUUUCUGGUACUUACUUGUAAGGCUACAAGCAUGUCAGAUCAUCCAAACACUUCAAGAUCAGACCCUAAUUUAGCAGCUUUAGCUUUUUCUUUUCUUUAUACUAAUUUUUAAAAUCCCAUUAAUCUUAACAUUAUCAAACCUAGGACACUUUCCUCCCGCUUUCACUGGGACAGGAUGAUGUGUGCUUUAGAGAUAUCCAGUUCUUUCUAUUUAUUUUCUUUCUCUCACACCCUUCCUUAGACCCUUCUGCUUUUGUUUUAUAAGUAUACCAAAUGUAAAUGUUGUAUUAUAUUAAGUGUGCCAAUCCCCUUCACGAAGGCCGAUUCUUAAUACCAAGUGCCAAUUGUUGUCCAGAUCACACAAGGACCGAAUGCUAAGACAUCUUCCCGUUUUUAAAAUCAUUGGAAACACUAAAUGAAAGAUAAAAUGAGAUGAACUUUAUUCUGUAUUUAAGAUUUAAGAGAAACUGCUGUUUUGUUUUAUUAUUUUUUUCUUUUUUUAAGAAUUGUGAUUUUACAAUGCAUGUGCUCUGUGUUGGGGUUGGAGUUAUGGGCUCAGAAAAUAUUAAUAUUAAAAUCCUCAAGAUGAGGGAUCAUAUUGGAUAUUGAUUUACGACAUUCUCGCCAUAUUUUGUCUUUAUUUGUACUGUUUCAUUUCAACCACUGUUGCCUGAACCUCAUUCAAGACAUGAAAAAGAUUUUCAUAACCGCCUUCUAAAAAAAGAAAAAUAAAAAAAUAAUAAAAAAUGAUAAAGUAUAUGUUUUAAAUUUAAAUAAAUUUGUUCCUAUACUU